UAUGAACAAACAGCUGUUCAAUCUGCUAAACUUUGUCGUAGUAAACAAUAUAUUCUCAAUUGUUUUGUAUAAAUUUUCCAAUAUAUAACGUGUUUUUUGUUUAUUCACAAAUGUCUUUAGUUGCAUAUGCGGCCAGCAGUGAUGAGGAUUCGGACCAUUCCGAAGUAGAAGAAGUUUCCGCUUCCAAUACUAAAACCAAUGGGGGAGUUGUAUCGGUGACACUAGCGGUCAAUGGUUAUCUCGGCCCAGGCACAAUAAGCGAUGACGAAGAAGAUUAUGCGCCAACCGAAUAUACAACAAUUCCAGAGAAUAAAAUAUCACAAAGUCUUUUAUUGCCUGAACCAAAAAAUAUAAUUGAAGUAAAAGCACCAGAAGAAGAAUUGGACGUAACGCCAAUUUUUGCAAAACUUCCAUUACCCAAACAUACAGUUGAAAAUAAUGGAGUUAUCGAAGAGGAAGACGAUGAAUUUCUACAUAAAAAGGCAGUAGUACCGAUCGAAGAAGUUAAACCUAUACCUGUGCAUGUGACACCCAAUAAAGGACCUGUAAAAAUUACUAUUCCGUCAUUGAAAGAGUUUAGUGAUGUUGAAAAAGAUAUUGCUAGUAAAGGGAAAAGCAAACACGUAUCCGAAAGACAAAAAAAGUCCGGUUUAUUAAGCAUGCUACCACAAGCAAAGUCGGAGCAAAAUUUUGCGAAGACUGCUCCUAGCAACGUAUCAAAUGAAUUAACACCUCAGUUGAAAAAAGCUCCAUUACUUACAAACAAUCCAUUUAUUCCGGAUGCUGUAAAAUCUCGACGUCCCGCAUGUAACACUGAAGGUGUUGAUGGUAUAAAGAAACCAAUAAAGAAGCACAAACCCACCGAUAAAACAAAAAUAUCACUGGUCAACUGCAGUGACAGUGACGACAGUGGUGACGAACCCGGUGAUUUCUUUUCCCUCAAUUCCGAAGAAAAACUACCAGAGGUUAGCAUUAACGAAAUAAAUGCUAUGGUCGCGGAACGUGCUGUUAAAAUGGCAAACGCAACGACUCAAUUCUUAAGAAAAAUUACAGAAAGCAAACAAUGUGAAGAAGGAAAUAUGCAAGUAGAAAAUGAAAGGCGUUUGGCAGAAAAACGAACUCAGCAGCCAUCUUUGGAUAAGACUGCUUUGCAGGCACUGGCAGGCAGUAGUUCCAAACGUAGAAAAAGAGAAGAAGACAUACAAGUUCUGGAUAUCUCAAGCGCCGAGGUACUACCAAGUAGAGAAGAAUGGAUGCGUACAGCUUUAGCGUCUUCUACUGCCUACCAGCCGACUGGCGUUUUAGUUGACGAAGAGCCGGUAGCUGGUACUAGGCGAAAACAUCAAAUCACCUAUCUGGCUCACAAAGCGAAAGCCAACGAAGCUGAAUUACAAGCAAUGUGGUCUGCGAAUCGCCAAAAUCGGAAAGCAACUCAAAGCAAAUACGGCUUUUAGAGUAUAUAUCUUACUUCUUACCUAUAUUUAGUAUAUAAAUGUGUUGAAUUUACAUUUUUAAACAUAUAAUUUACAAUAAAAAUAAUGUGUAACUUU